AUGAGGGGCGGACUUCUGAGUAGUAGCAGGUCUGCUAUUAGGAGUUCGACUCCAGUGACCCGCCCCAGGGCUCCAUGUACACGAAACCUUGCGACUGUCAUUACUAAACCUGCAGCCUCAUACAAACCUGACAUCGAAUCAAGAACUCCUCCAUAUCCCAAGCUUCUCAAACGAUUGCACGAAGUACGACGGGUGCUAGGGUCUUCGAGGCAGCUCACUUUGGCUGAGAAGAUCUUAUACUCGCAUUUGGACAACCCCGAAGAAGCACUCCUUUCGAAUACGGACAAUGGGCUCAAUAUCAGAGGCAAUGCAAAUCUCAAACUCAAGCCGGAUCGGGUGGCUAUGCAGGAUGCAUCGGCGCAAAUGGCACUGCUACAAUUCAUGACUUGCAAUCUACCUUCCACAGCUGUUCCAGCUAGCAUCCAUUGCGAUCAUAUGAUUGUUGGAGAGAGGGGUGCAGAUGUUGAUCUUCCGGAGUCAAUUAAGGGCAACAAGGAGGUCUUCGAUUUCUUGGAGUCCGCCGCGAAGAAAUAUGGUAUUGAAUUCUGGCCACCUGGAGCUGGAAUUAUCCACCAAACGGUGCUAGAAAACUAUGCUGCACCUGGCUUGAUGAUGCUGGGAACCGACAGUCAUACCCCAAAUGCGGGUGGAUUGGGAGCUAUUGCAAUUGGUGUUGGUGGUGCAGACGCUGUGGAUGCUCUCGUGGACGCACCAUGGGAAUUGAAAGCCCCAAAGAUUCUGGGAGUCAGAUUGGAGGGUCAAUUGAGCGGCUGGGCUUCACCGAAGGAUGUUAUUCUGGCUCUGGCAGGGAAGUUGACAGUCCGUGGUGGAACUGGCUACAUCAUCGAGUAUCACGGACCAGGAGUGGACUCGUUGAGUUGUACAGGCAUGGCCACCAUGUGCAAUAUGGGAGCUGAAGUCGGUGCCACAACUUCUCUCUUCCCAUUCUCAACACGCCAUAUCUCAUACCUCGAAUCGACCCACCGACGGUACAUUGCACUCCAAGCACAGACUAUCGCUUCGUCUUCCUCAAUACACAACCUACUCAGAGCAGAUGAAGGCGCUCAUUAUGACGAAGAGAUCACUAUCGACCUGUCCACGCUCGAACCUCACAUCAACGGGCCAUUCACCCCUGAUCUAUCGACCCCAUUAUCAGUAUUUUCAAAGGCAGUCAAGUCAAAUAAUUGGCCAGAAACUGUAUCCGCAGGACUUAUUGGUAGCUGCACAAAUAGCUCCUACCAAGACAUGAGGCGUGCUGAAGAUCUUGUCAAGCAAGCGUCAGCAGCAGGCCUGAAGCCAGCAACUGACUUCUUCAUCACACCGGGAAGUGAACAAAUACGAGCUACGCUCGAUCGAGAUUCCACCUUGUCAACUUUCGAAGAUGCUGGAGGUAUUGUACUUGCAAAUGCUUGCGGACCUUGCAUUGGACAAUGGAAACGUACAGAUAACAUCUCGAAGGGAGAUAGCAACGCCAUCUUCACCUCGUAUAACCGCAACUUCCGAGGCCGCAACGACGGCAACCCAGAAACCAUGAACUUCCUCGCCUCCCCCGAAAUCGUAACCGCAAUGUCUUAUGCGGGCACCACAUCUUUCAACCCCUUAACCGACACCAUAACCACACCCUCAGGAGACCUCUUCCGCUUCUCACCCCCAGGCGGCGCCGAACUCCCAGAAUUUGGUUUCGAAACCGGAAAUCCAGACUUCCUCCCAACGUCUGGAGCUCCCUCGCCGUCAACCCAGGUCGUCGUCUCCCCCACUUCUGACCGUCUUGCCCUCCUUGAGCCCUUCGCACCCUUCCCAGAUCACGACCUGCACGGCCUCAAAGUCCUAUACAAAGUGACUGGAAAGUGCACAACAGACACCAUCUCCGCUGCCGGCCCCUGGCUGAAAUACAAAGGCCAUCUCCCUAACAUUUCAGCCAACACUCUUAUCGGCGCCGCCAAUGCCGCCACUGGAGAAGUAAACGUCGCCUACGACGUCGAUGGUUCUACAUCCGGAAUCCCUGAGCUUGCACAAAAGUGGAAGGAUCAAGGUAUCGAGUGGCUUGUUGUAGCGGAAGAUAACUAUGGUGAAGGAUCAGCGAGAGAGCAUGCUGCGUUACAACCUCGAUUUCUUGGCGGAAGGGUGAUUCUCGCGAAGUCUUUUGCUCGUAUUCAUGAAACGAACUUAAAGAAACAAGGUGUCGUCCCGCUGACGUUUGCGAAUGGGGAGGAUUACGAGAAGAUCAAUGCGUGUGAUGAGGUUAGUACGGAGGGAUUGUACGAUGUGUUGAAGAGUGGAGGGAAGGGAGAGGUGAAGGUGGUGGUUAAGAAAAAGGAUGGGAGCGAGGUGGUUAUCAAGACUAAGCAUACGCUCAGCGAGGAUCAGUGUGGUUUCAUACUGGCAGGCAGCGCACUGAAUUUACUGGCGAAGAUGAAGCGGACUUGA